CGUUAGUCAUUUGACCGCGAGACUACGCAGUAGGAGGAGUUAACGUUCCGCGGUGAUAGUGGAACCGAUGUUAAUGUCGGUCUUUAUUUUUCGUGAAUUCCCGGUACUCUAUGCACCAUAGCCAACCAUUUUAGGGGUAUCUGUUUCUGGAAGUCAUGCGGCGGAGUAAAGCUGAAGUGGACCGCUACGUUUCCUCAGUACAGAGUUCCUCGCCCUCACUCAAAGAGAAGCCAGUCAAGGGGUUUUUAUUUGCCAAAUUGUACUUCGAAGCAAAGGAAUAUGACCUGGCAAAAAGACAUGUCUCAGAGUAUCUCAAAGUCCAGGAGAGGGAUCCAAAAGCACACAAAUUCCUUGGACAGCUCUACGAGAGAGAGGGAGACAUCAACAAGGCAGUGGGAUGUUACAAGCGCUCAGUGGACAUGAACCCGGCCCAAAGGGAUCUGGUGCUGAAGGUGGCCGAGUUACUGGUCAGCAAGCAGGAAUGUGACAGCAGAGCGGAGUUUUGGGUGGAGAAAGCCGCCAAGCUGCUGCCAGGAAACCCUGCCGUCUUCAACCUGAAGGAGCGUCUGUUGAGUCGUCAGGGUCAGCCGGGUUGGAACCGCUUGUUCGACCUCUUCCAGGUCGAGCUGGCGGCGAGGCCAGCCGACGCCCAUGUGAACGUGAAGCUUGUUCAGUUGUUCUGUCAGGACGGACGGCUCGACGAAGCCGUGAAGCACUGCCUGGCUGCUGAUAAAAGGGGCGUGCUGAACCACAGCCUGGACUGGUACAGAGUGGUGGUUCGCACACUGCAGGAUUAUCUCACUCAGCCCAGCGUGUCUGGUAAUGAGAAGAUGUAUCGGGAUCUCCAGAAAGAGCUGCUACUGGCCCACUGCAGCCUGCUAAGAAUCACACUGUCUGAGAGCAGCAUCCAGCCGAGCCUCGAGGCGCUCUCCGGUUUUGACCAAGCUAUGCAGGCGCUGAGCGGCAUUGCUGGCCGCCACCCAGACGAUCUCUGUGAGGUGUUUACGGAAAUGAGAGGUCACCUCUACCUGCACGCCGGCACGCUGCUGUUGAAGCAGGCUCAGAAUCACCAACAUACCUGGAGGUCCGUCAUUGACCUGACCACGCUAUGCUACCUGCUGGCAUACCAGACGCCGAGACCAAAGGCUAAAGUGACCAAGAGAGAUCAGUCCAGCCCGCAGCUCCUGGAGCUGCUGGCCAACGACCGACAGAGUCAGGCCGGUCACAUGUUGCUGAAUCUGACCACUGCUCCAGCCUCCUUGAUCGAAGAGGUGGUGGAGGUGUUUGGUAACCCCAGUGGUCAGGAGUCUCUGCUUCAGCUCCUGUUUGGACCACACGUCUCCAUUGGACCCUCCUUUAUUGCCAACGAUGACAUUCAUUCCAUUGCCGUCAUGGUUCCAGAGGUGUCUCAACUCGUCAAAUGGGACGCUGGCUCCAUCCUGCUGCAUGCUGGAGACUUGCAACAUCUGAGCUGGUUGGGGCUGCAGUGGACCCUGCUGGCCCAAAGACCAGCCCUCCGGGACUGGCUACAGCAACUCUUUCCAAGGCUUACUCUGGAGACCUCCAAACUGGACACCAACACACCGGAAUCCAUCUGCCUGCUCGACCUGGAGGUGUUUUUACAUGGCGUGGUGUUCUGUAGCCACUGCCAGCUCCAGGAGACUGCAAAGAUGAGCAGCGGCGUAAACCCACAGCAGCAACGGCAGCUCUACGAGCCCCGCUGCCUCCCCCUGCCCCUCCUUCGCCUCCUGACCACCGACCGACAGCGCGAGUGGUGGGAAGCCGUCGACAGCCUAAUUCACCAACGAGCGGCUCCCAGCACGUCGGCCAAACUGCGGAUGAUUGUGCAGCGUGGCCUGAGCUCUCUGAGGGCCGGAGAGAAGCACGGCCUUCAACCAGCGCUGGCCAUCCAAUGGGCACGCUGUCUCAGCCAGACGUGUGAUGGAGUGAACUCGUUCUACGACCAGAAAGAGUACAUCGGCCGCAGUGUCCACUACUGGAAAGUUGUACUUCCCCUGUUGGAAAAGAUCAAAAACAGACGCAGCAUUCCGGAACCACUUGAGCCCCUCUUCAUGCACUUUCACUCCCAAGAUAUUCAGAUUUCUUCUGUAAAGGGCCAUGAAGAGGAAUACAGGAUUGCGUAUUCGGUUCUGCUUGACAUUGAAGGCAAGACGGAGGAGGCCAUCGCUACUUUGGAAACCAUCAAUAACCUGUCAUCCGUCUGGCAUUUGGCACAGAUCUACCAGCGGCUCUCAGAGGAGGCCAGCAACGGGGUGGAGGAGACACAGGAAAGGUGCAUCACUUUUCUGAGAAAGUUCAGGAACAACCUGUCCAAGAUCUACAACGCAAAUGCAGAUGACGUUGAGAAACUGCCUGUCUCCAUGGAGGAAGUUAUGGACCUCCUGAAUGACGUGAACCAGCAGCUGGGUGAGAGUGGGGAGGCCAUGGAUGAAGAGGAGGAGCAUGGGGAGGGUCAAAGAGGACCAGCAUACUCCAGUCUUGCCACAGGAUCCCACAUCAAAUUUUCCACUCCCUCUCCAAACAAAAGCCUCAUUUCUCCUUCCAAAAGACACCUGAUUUCUCCCAAGACACCACCUCAUUGGGUGGAAGACCAGAAAAGUCUCCUCCAGAUGCUUUGUCAGCAAGUGGAAGCCCUCAAGAACGAAGUUCAUGAUCUUAGACACAACUCUUCAGGGAUCGCAAGCUCUCCUCGUCACAAGAUGUAUGGGGAGAGCUACGGGGCCGAGGGCCUGCAGGAGCCUUUUACCCCCGCCCAGUCCUACCACGGGGCGCCUCUAACAGUUGCCACCACAGCCUCCUCGGCGUACUACAACCCGUCUCCAGCUUAUAACUCUCAACAUCUCCUGCGCACAGCACCAAAUGUCACCCCCACUAAGGGCCCAAUGUACAAUAUGAACCGAAUGCCCCCUCAGCAGCAUAUGUACGCCUACCAGCAGCCCACUCAUACUCCUCCAUUGCAAACGGCCCCACCCUGCAUUUACCCUCCUCAAGAACCCGGGUAUGGAGCCCCCCUCCGGUUUGAAUCACCAGCCACAAGCCUUCUUUCACCAUACAGUGAAGAGUAUUACGGGCAGAGUGUACAAAGCACAAACCCUCCCCUGCCCGAACCCGGCUACUUCACCAAGCCGUCUGUGGUUCAGCCCCCUAAGAGCACUGAGGGGAAGCCUCUGGACUUUGGGAAGCUCUCCUUCAGCCAGCAGGCACCUGCUGAAGUCCCUAAAGUGCCCAGUUUUGGAGCAGGCGCAGUUGCCCAUUCGACACCGUCAUCUUCUUUUAAAUUCAACUCUAACUUUAAAUCCAACGAUGGAGAUUUCACUUUCCCACCUUCCCAGGCCAAGCACAGCGAAAGCCUGCUUGGACUCCUUACGUCAGACUUUCCCUCAAGAAUUGAUAACGCCCCGGAGAAGCCUGCAGCCAAGGAGCAACCCCACGGCCAAACCAGCCUCUUCACCUUUGGAAAUAAAAAUACUCCUUCCUUCUCCUUUGCUGAUUCUUUGCCAAGCACCCGCACAGGAAGUCUCUUUGAAAAGCCAGACAAGCCUUUUACAUUUGGAGUUGAAGUUCCUAAGCCAGUGUUUGAUGUUCCCACUUCUGCUGCAGAAGAAGAAAGAGCAGCAGAGAGCGACAACGAGAGCACUCGUGAGGAGGAUGAAGAUGGUCCUCACUUUGAACCCAUUGUACCCCUUCCUGAUAAGGUGGAUGUGAAAACGGGUGAAGAAGAGGAGGAGGAAAUGUUUUGCAACAGGGCAAAGCUGUAUCGAUUUGACGCGGACACAAGAGAGUGGAAAGAGCGCGGCAUCGGCAAUGUUAAAAUCCUGAAACACAACGGGAAAGGGAAGGUCCGCCUCCUAAUGAGAAGAGAACAGGUCCUUAAGAUCUGUGCAAACCACUACAUCACUGCUGAUAUGCUACUGAAACCGAACUCCGGCUCUGACAAAUCCUGGGUCUGGAAUGCUAUUGAUUAUGCAGAUGAGGAGCCUAAAACCGAACAGCUGGCCAUCCGCUUCAAAACAGCAGAGGAGGCAUCACUUUUCAAAGUCAAAUUUGAGGAAGCCCAGAAAGUGGUUGUCAAAUCUGCAAAAAGGCAACCUGAGAAGAAAGAGGAAAACUUGAAAGGUUCUGAAUUACUGGCAGCCCAGUUUGCCCGGAAGGAUGGUGAGUGGGACUGCAAUGUGUGCUGUGUAAGAAAUAAACCUGUAGAUGUGCGUUGUGUCGCUUGUCAAAGUGCCAACCCCAAUUCUUCAUCCAAGCCAGACAUGCCAAUUACCAGUGAAGCCAAACCCAGUCCUUUCACUUUCAAAUUUGGGACCGAUUCAUCAAAACCCAGCAGUACUGGAUCUACAUUCACUGGAUUUGGCGCUUUGGGAGCAUCGGUACCCUCCUCGUUUACAUUUGGCACCAGCGCCUCAAAACCGGCUGACACAGCCAGUGCAUUUGGUUCUGGUUUUGGCUCUCAGUUCAGCAAGAAGCCCGGGCAAUGGGACUGUGAUGUCUGUGAAGUGAGAAACGAGGCCUCAGCAGACAGUUGUGUUUCUUGUAAAGCUCUUAAAGCCUCAUCUAAAACGACAGCACCAAUAGCCCCCACUACAGCUGCACCAUCUAUAUCUGCCGUUGGCUCUGGAUUUGGUGCCCAGUUUGCCAAGAAGCCAGGCCAGUGGGACUGUAAUGCGUGCGAAGUGAGAAAUGAAGUCUCUGCUGACAGGUGUGUGGCCUGUGGAACCCCCGACCCGGCUGCCAAAUCAACAGCGGCGCCGGCGGCCACUGCCGCAUCGACUCUGCCAGCAGGUUCAGGAUUCGGGGCCAUCUUUGCAAAAAAGGACGGGCAGUGGGACUGCAGUGACUGCCUGGUCAGAAAUGAUGCCUCUGCUGCAGAGUGUGUAUCCUGCCAUUCCCCAAAUCCCAAUCCUUCUAUAGCAGCCAUGUUUGCCAUGAAGGAUGGCGAAUGGGAUUGUGACGGCUGUCUGGUGAGAAACGGCACCUCUGCCGAUAAGUGUGUGGCCUGUCAAACCCCAAAUCCAAAUGCCAAAAGCACAACCAGCACCGCUCCCUCGUCCUCCACAUUCAGCUUUUCAUUUGGCCACAAAAGUUCAUCAAGUCAGCCUGCUGGGACUGGAUUUAAGAUGCCCUUUGACACUGCCAACGCGUUUAAGUUUGGUCAAAACAAAGUGCAAAGCUCAGCUUCCUCUUUUAAGUUUGAAACUCCUCAGUCUGGAUCGAGUACCACAAGUUCUUCAGGCUUCUCCUUCCUGUUGCCGGCUGCAGCUGGUGGCUUCAAGUUCGGCAUUCAGGAUCCCGCACAAGAAACUCCCUCUGCAGAUGACCAGGUGCCUCCAUCAGGGUCAGCCUCUAGUUUUCUCCGAAGCAUAGCUGACAAGCACAAGGAGAAAGAGAUUGUGUCCACUCCCUCAGUGGACCCAACGGAGCAAGAUCAAAAUCCGUUAAUUUCUGGUAAAAUCGCAGCGUUCAGUUUUGCUGACCUGGCAGAGUCUUCUGAAGGAAAAUUUAAGUUUGGCCAGAACGACCCCAAUUUCAAAGGUCUCUCUGGGACUGGUGAGUCGCUGUUUACGAUCCCCACCAAGGCAGAGGCCACAAAUGAGCUGGAAGAAGACGACAUGUAUAAGACUGAGGAAAACGACGACAUCCAGUUUGAACCGGUGGUCCAGAUGCCUGAUCAAGUGGACCUGGUGACUGGGGAGGAGGAUGAGCAGGUUCUCUAUUCCCAGCGUCUCAAAUUGUUCCGGUUCGACCUGGACACGAGUCAGUGGAAGGAGCGGGGCGUCGGAAUCCUUAAGUUCCUGAAAAACACUUCUAAUGGCCGGCUAAGGGUGCUGAUGAGAAGAGAGCAAGUUCUGAAGGUGUGCGCCAACCACUGGAUCACCACCACCAUGAAUCUUAAGCCCCUGGCAGGCUCGGACAAGGCAUGGAUUUGGCUGGCCAACGACUUCUCCGAUGGGGACGCUAGACUCGAGCAGCUGGCCGCCAAGUUUAAAACCCCGGAGCUAGCAGAGGAGUUCAAGGAGAAGUUUGAGGAGUGUCAGAGGCUUCUCCUGGACAUUCCACUACAAACCCCACACAAGCUUGUUGACUCUGGCAGAACGGCACGCCUCAUUCAGAAAGCGGAGGAAAUGAAGUCUGGUUUGAAAGACCUGAAAUUCUUUCUGACAGAUGACAAAACCAAAAUCAAAGAGGACGACGGACAGGGAGAGCUUACCACAAAAAGCCAUGUGUCCAACCUGGUAGUCAAGCCUCUGGGUGAAACCCCCGGCCCCACCUUGGAGUGGGAUAACUACGACUUAAGAGAAGAGGCCUUGGAUGAUACUGCAGACCCGUCAGUCUAUGCCUCGCCCGUUGCCAGCAGCCCCCCAAGAAAGAACCUUUUCCGCUUUGGAGAAUCCACAGGUGGCUUCAACUUUAACUUCCAACCCGGCAUCAGCCCCUUAAAGUCUCCCGCUAAGCUCAACCAGAGCGGGGCCUCCGUGGCCACUGACGACGAGCAGGACGUCAGCCAGGAUGAGGAGAGGGACGGCGUGUACUUUGAGCCGGUGGUCCCAUUGCCGGAUCUGGUGGAGAUAUCUACCGGGGAGGAAAACGAACAGGUGGUCUUCAGUCACCGGGCCAAACUGUAUCGCUACGACAAGGCGCUGGGCCAGUGGAAGGAGAGGGGCAUCGGGGACCUCAAGGUCUUGCAGAAUUUCGACACCAAACGCGUGAGGUUAAUAAUGAGGAGAGACCAGGUACUCAAGAUCUGCGCCAACCACAGGAUCACGGCAGCCAUGAAGCUGGAGCCGAUGAAGGGAGCGGAGAAGGCUUGGGUCUGGAGUGCCUUGGACUUUGCCGAGGUGGUGGAGGGCAGCAUGGAGCAGCUGGCCGUGAGAUUCAAGCUGCAGGAAACCGCAAGCGCAUUCAAACAGGUCUUUGAGGAGGCUAAGGUUGCCCAAGAAAACGACAAACUCAUGACUGAGGCGACCUCGAGGGUCACCACGCCUCAAGACGGGGCGCCUACACCACCUUCACCGGCUGCUAUGCCCGUGUGCGGGAAGGCAGCCAUCGCUGUUCUGGAGGAGACCACAAAGCAGCGUACAGAGCUUCCUCCCAACGCCAAGCCAAGUACAUCUAGCUCUCAAAGUCCUGUUAAUCCCUCAAAGACGGUGGUGUCCCCCCCUAAGUUUGUCUUUGGCACUCAGAGCCUUCAGAAGUUUUUUGGCUCUCCUAAAUCUCACUCUGAAACUGCGGAAUCGUCAUCUGGUUUCAAAGAUUCUGAACGUCCUGGCAAAGCUUCAGCUGCAUUCAAAGUUCCAGAGAAAGGGCUGGAUUUUAGGCUUUUCAAAGAUAACCCAAUGGCUUUUUGGACCAGCACAUCAUCAACCCAAUUUGAACCCCCAGGGCCUCAGGCGGCCGGAGGCGGUGCAGGCUCGGGGGAGGACGCUGACGUGGAGGUGGUGUACGUCAGGGAACCCACUGCUGAACAGGCAGAUUUAGCCCGGACGCUCAUGCUGCCGCUCACCUUCUUCUGCUACCAGAACGAACCGGGCUACGCCAGCGACGAUCAAACCGACGAUGAGGACUUUGAGGCAGCGGUAAAGGCCUUGAAUGGAAAGCUCUACCCCGAUCCUCCUCAAAAAGAGGCUGCGGCAUGCAGUGAUGAGCCAGACUGCCAGGUGGUGUGGGAAAAGAAGCCGACGCCGGUGGAGGAGGAGAAGGCCAAAAGCCUCCAGCUUCCACCACACUUCUUCUGCGGCCUGAGCACCACAGACAGCGACCCGGACCAAGACAAGCCCGAGGACUUUGAGACGGAAGUCCGCAAGGCGCACCAAGACCUGGGUGCUCAGUUACACCAAGCGGAAAUCAGCAGCGCUGCUGCAGUCCAAGAAGAACCCACAUCAGGGUCGUUGUCCAGCGGCACGGAGGCUGCGGUCGCCACGGAGGCUGCGGUCGCCGCGGAGGCUGCGGUGGUAUUGUCUACAUCGGAGCAGCAGAUCUCUGACCAGCCAGCCGAGACUCUGAGUGAAGCUCCCAGCAGCAGCACUACCUCACCCAUUGAUCUGUCUACCAAGAAGAGCCCAGAACCGGAGUCCAGCGCUGGGACUUUAAUCACGUCUAGUGACGAUAUAUCCAACUUCGGUUUCAAAGCGCUGGGAGGCUCAUCUUUUGCGGAUUUGGCCAAAACUACAGACGCCUAUGCUUUUGGAGGUCAAGACUCCAACUUCUCGUGGGCAAAUGCUGGAGCAACCGUUUUUGGAAGAGGAUUGUCCUCUGUGCCCAAAAACGAAGGCGAGGAGGGCAGCGACGAAGAGGACACUUCUAAUACAGAGGACAUUCACUUUGAGCCCAUUGUCUCACUGCCGGAGGUGGAGACAAAGUCUGGAGAAGAGGACGAGGAGAUUCUGUUCAAGGAGCGCGCCAAGCUGUACCGGUGGGACCGAGACCUCGGCCAAUGGAAGGAGCGCGGCGUCGGCGACCUGAAGAUCCUCUUCCACCCGACCAAGCGCUUCUACCGAGUCCUGAUGAGGAGAGAGCAGGUGCUGCGGGUCUGUGCCAACCACACGAUCACGCAGGCGAUGGAACUCAAGCCCAUGAACGCCUCGGCCAACGCGCUGAUUUGGACCGCCACCGACUACUCAGACGGCGACGGCACAGUGGAGCAGCUGGCGGCCAAGUUCAAAACCCCCGAGAUAGCCGAAUCCUUCAAGAAGACCUUCUGCGAGUGCCAGAGCCGCACGGCCCAAACGGAAGGCGACGUGUCGUGUGUCUCCUCGCCGCAGAUGUCCAGAGUCCAGGAGCACUCCAGAGACUCGAACCCCCUGGUGUUCCUCCACGUGGCCGCCGAUGACCAGCCGCUGGGCUCCAUCACCAUGGAGCUUUUCUCCCACAUCGUCCCGAAGACGGCAGAGAACUUCAGGGCCCUCUGCACCGGGGAGAAGGGCUUCGGGCUGAAGGCCUCCGUCUUCCACCGAGUCAUCCCGGACUUCAUGUGUCAGGGCGGUGACAUCACCAACGGCGACGGCACUGGAGGAACGUCCAUCUACGGCAGCAAGUUUGAGGACGAGAACUUUGACGUUCGGCACACGGGGCCGGGCAUCUUGUCGAUGGCAAACCGCGGGAGGGACACCAACAACUCCCAGUUCUUCAUCACCCUGAAGAAAGCCGAAAACCUGGACUUCAAACACGUGGCCUUCGGCUGGGUGCGGGACGGCAUGGACGUCGUGCAGCAGAUGGGAGAGCUGGGCACCAAGGGAGGAAAGCCCGCGAAGAAGCUCGUCAUCACAGACUGCGGACAGCUGUAGCCUCGACUGCAAGGUCGGAAAACACUUGAUGGUGAUGAGUUUCCUGAAUUAAACGCUGAUUACAGGACUACGGAUUUAUAGUCUUCAUUUUAGAAACGUGGCGGCAGUAGCCUGGUAAAAAUAUAUAUAAUAUAUUUUGCUAUCCUCUGGCAUAAUCACAACUGGGAAACAUGGUGCGGAAUGUGGGAGGAGGCAUUGGGAGCCAGCAUACUAUACUUUUGCGCUCCUGCAUCUUUAUCAUUGUCUAUGAAUAAAAUUCUCAUUUGUUUAUUUUGUGUGUAUAAUUGUAAAUGAGCUACUUUUUAAUUUGUUUUGGUUCUUUUGUCUUGCAUGUGCUCAAUUUAAAUGUGCCGGUGCUUUUCAUAAGCUCCACUUUGGUAUUCCCUUUUUUGAGGAAGUCUUAAAUAUAAUCAAAAGUUAGGGGAAUUUGAAUCCACCCAUUGGUUUGUAUCUGUACCUUUUACUGUGGGACUCCCCACAUCUUUAUCUAAUAAACUUGAGUUAUCUCACUGUGUUGCUCUGUAUGCGGAGGAUGACGAUGUUACAUCUGCUUUUGUAAAAUCCAACCCAAUCCAUUAUAGUUUAAAAUGACCACAAUGUUCAUUCAAGAUAAAUAAAGUUGCUUUACACGUAA